ACCUUACAUGUAAGAAAAAUACACUUUAUUUUGUAAACUGUGGUGUUGUUAGGAUUUCCAGCCCUGAGAAAAGCGUAAAAUCACCAUUGAUAAUUCCAUUGUCACAGUGAUGAUAUCGAUGACAUAAUGUUUGAUAUCAUAUUUGACCCUUAAAUUGUACUUAAUUCACCAAUCUUCGGUUAUUUUCAGAAAUCUUCGGUAACCUUCGAAAAAUCGCUGGCAAAAUUUCCAAAUGUUCGGAAAUGUUCGUGUGGCCUUCGGACCCGUAUAGUAUCUUAAUUCAUAACAAAGCACAUGUUUCCUACACAAACAUACCAAAAAGCUGUUCUGGGUUCCAGCGGCUCCCAUUUGUACCCACGAAAAGUAUGCAUAAAUCCUCAAGUCUUAGAGGCUGAAAUUCGUCCGCCAUAUUGGAUUUAUCAGAGGACUGGGAACUGAAUAGGAGGUUGUGGGAUAAACAGAUUCUCGUCCCAGGUCGGCACACACGAGGGGACAAGUCCCAGCUUGGCUCCCAGCUUGUUUUGUCAAAAAUUCAUGUCCUGAGGGACCUAAAGUUAGUCCCUGCGUGUCACACAGGAAUUCAAACUGGCCGGUUGGAAUUGAAGGUAGAAGUCCUUGGACUUACCCCUAAAACCCAUUCUUGUGAGCUGUUCGUGGGACAAGUCCCUGUAACCAAAUUGAAAUCCAAUAACAGAUCCGUAUGAUUAACUCGACAAACUCCAAUAAUUCCCUACGAGCUCGGGAGGCCGAUAGAGUUUAACGAAACGAAAAAAAAAACAAUCGGCAACUCUGUUAUCCGGAAAUCGAAAACAGCGCUGAAUAAUUUAGCCGAAAAAGCUAAAGUUUUAUUGUGCUGAUUUCAGUUUCCGGAAUGCUACUUUUAAUUCCAUUCAUUUUACUUCGGGAAAGCCACAGAGGGGAAAGAAUGAUACCUUUUGCCCCUAUUUGCUAUGUUCCCGGCUGUGCAAUUAGUCCCCAUGUGUGAACACUGCAAGGGAAAAGUCCCUCCAACAGUUCCCUCAGAUGUGAACCCUUCAAGGGACUUGUCCCGUGGACUUGUCCCCUUGUGUGUGCCGAUUUAAGUGGCGUGUGUCCCUCAUCCUUUGAUUACAGCACCUACAGACCCAUACGACUUUUAACAAUUGAAAUUUAAAAGAGAAGCAAAUUCCGACCGAAAGUGGUAUCCACAUCAUGGGCAUUGAAAUGUUUACUCACUCAAAAUUACUCCCGUAAGUUUCCGGAUGCAGAUUAUUUUCUUGAUCGAACGCUUUAAAAAUGAGUCAUAGUCAAAUCCAGACGUAGACGACACGAGGCAUUGUUGACGCUUCAGUGCGCUUAUUAUGUCUUGAAAGCCUGAUUGGUUAUUGAUGGUUUAAAGGAAUCCUGCUGCACGCUUGACGCACAUAGCCAGCUAUACUCAACCACUGAACCAGGUAGCACACUUGCAGUUUAGGAGACAUGAAGUCUUCAGUUCCACUAAUAUUCUUUCUUUUGGUGGCUUACCUCUCCCUUACUGCCAAAGCCUUUCUUCCCAGAAUUAAUUUGGCAUCGGGGAAAUUGGAAACGAAAGAUCAUACAUUGAUCACAAGACACGGAUUGCUGAAGACAUCAAUACUCUUCUUCCGCGACAAUCCGCAAUAUCUAAGGAAUGAGACACUGACAAGCUUUCUUUUUGGUGUCUUACGUGACUUGUCAGAGAAGCCAAACGCAGCCAAAUCUACCAUUGACACCAUCUCAGCGAAGAUCAAAUUCAUUAACGCCAUCAACGAGAUUCAGAGCGCCAAUGUGGAAAUGGACUCUUUUCCAUUGAACAGUACCGCUGCUGUCCAUUUUGACGGCGAGCAGUUCUUGCGGGGAUCUAAGCGGCUCCAAGAUCUGCGCCAGCAGCUGAUCACAUCGCUUUCAAAUGGCCAAAAACUACAACAUGCAAGGAACUUGGCUGGGAAAGCCUUACACACACUGCAGGAUUUUUACAGCCGCUCUAACUGGAUAGAACUCGGCAAUACAUUGCCGUUUAAUGCUCUGGGCCAACCCGGAAGUGUUAUUUCGCAGGAAAUUAUCAUUGCAGGCAGAACAGAACCAACUUGUAGAGACUGUCUUUCAGAGGAAGAAUCCAAUCUGUCCACUGAUACAUGCACAAAUAACUUGAUCACGGGGAAACUCACCAGCGGAUAUCGCUCAGGACAAGACAUCAAGAAGCCGGUAGACAUUGGAAAAUGUAGUCAUGGCGGCCAAACGGACGACAGUCGCCUAAAGCCAGCUACCGGUGGAAUUAACAAAGAUUCCUCCUCCAAGCGUGAGUCACCGCAUGCCAGCCUCCAUAGAAUUGCCGCUGACAUGGCCAUCGAAGCUAGCAGUACCUUUCUAAGUGAAGUUCGUUCUGCAGUUGGCGACGACACCUUUGCCAAAUUUCUGAACCUGAAGUCUGAGAACAGCAUGGCUUUGGUGAUAGAUGUAUCUGGAAGCAUGAGUGAUGAAAUCAGUGACGUAAAGAAAAUGUCCAUCGACUUUGUUCGCAAAACUUUGGAAAAGAAAGGAGCGUCCUUCACCUAUAUUCUUGUGCCGUUUAGCGAUCCAGACGUAGGGCCUGUGACUGUGACUAGCGAUGCGGAAGUAGUGAUUGAAGCAGUCAACAAUUUAACCGCAAAUGGUGGAGGAGAUUGCCCAGAGCUAGGCAUGACGGGUCUUUACCAGGCUCUACUCCACUGCUUACCCGAGAGCAACAUCCUUUACUUCUCCGAUGCUGACGUAAAAGACGAGUCGCGAAAAAACGAAGUCGAAUCCCUAGCUAAGGAAAAGAAAGCAAGGAUCAAAUUCAUUCUAACCGGUCAAUGUAGUCGUCGACGCAGACGCUAUUUGUCGCAAAGCCGCACCCAGCGUUCAUCAGUGGCACACCGGGCUAGGAGAAGUGUCCAAGGUCAAGCGUUGUACCAGGACCUCGCGACCCAAACAGGAGGACAAGUACUGGAAACUAGUAAGGCUGCAGUAGCUGAUAUUGUCAAGGUUAUCGAUCCUGUAGGUUUCUCAAACUCAUCUGCAGAUUUGAAAGAAGUUGGAUUGCUGAGCGUUGAGGAAUCUCGAGCGGAGUCCUUUAGUGGUGUCAUUUACUUUGUGGAUAUUGACAGUACGCUGGAAAGUUUGGUCCUCAUACUCACUGCGGAAAGUUCACCUACAUUACAAAUCACGAGUUCUCAAGGAAACUCAAACAUGCAAGAAAAGGACAUAACAAGUUCCAGUAAACUCUAUAUAAAAGAAGUUACUAACUUGGUCAGCGGUUCACUGAAACUGACAGUUUCCUGUACUGGUCCGUACACUCUGCAAGUAACUGGGUCCAGUCCUAUCGACUUUACAUACCAGCUUUUGGACGUGGAGGACAUGGAACGAGGGACCACCAGGCGGGUUGUUGGAAAUCCCUUGAGAGGACAAAUGCUGUUGCUCACGUUGGACUUCGUUGGCCAAGAUAUUGACGCAAUCAGCAAUCUGACUCUUGUUGGCGUUGACGGAACAGAGCUCGAAACCUUCAACAUAACUCAAGGUGAAGGGUUUUACCAAGAUUCCUACUACGUCACGUUUAUUCCUUCCCCAGAUAGCUUCCGACUCAAAGUUACAGGAUUUGACACGAGUGGAGCUCGCUUUCAGCGCCUUAAACCAACUUUAUUCACACUUGGGGACGUAAAGCUUUCCCAAAACGUCGACAUCCGCAACAACUCAAACGCCAUCUUCCCAGGAGAAACUUUGGAGUUGGAAAUCAAAGUUGAAAACUCUGGGGAUACGCAGACGUUAUAUUUCAAAGCAUCUGAUGAUCUGAGCUACUUUAACAGCAUAAAUCCGGAUCGAAGCACCUUGGGAAAGAAUGACUCGGUUACUCUACGGGUGACCCUGCUUGCUCCUAGUCACGCAACGUAUGGCGUGACAAGCACCGUUACGGUAUUCGCAUCUCAGAAUUCUGACUUCACCCAAGUUGUUAAUUUCUUGGUUUUGUUUGUUACUGUGGCGUCGAAGGACCCAGAUCUCUCUCCUCCAUCGUGCAACGUGACAAGCCAGGCUGGAACAUGCACAGGAGUGUACGGUAGACCAAAGUGUGUGACAAGCACGUGGUUUGCACAUGUCACCUUCAGUGACAUCGGAGAAGGACUCCUGUCAAUUACUUCACGAGAAAAUCGUAAUGGAACUCUCACAGUUGGAGCUUUCAACAAAGGUGCGGUCAAUACGUCAGUCCAAGCAUCAUUUAAAUCCAACUGUUGCCAUCCUAAAGUUAUUUUCGUCGGUCUCGACCGUGUAGGAAACAUGGGAACUUGCUCUGUGGGCCUUGUCCCCGAUAUCGUGUCCUUUGGUGCCACACCGAAUACCACAGUUGUGUCCCUCCGUGGUGGAGAAACCACCAAGGUUCCUUUUACACUCACCAACCUCGGCUCCAAAGGGUCGUUCUCGUUCCGCGUAACUAAAACGUCUUCACUCAUCUGUUACGUUAUUCCCUUUAGCCUCGCUCUGGAUGCCAACGCCAAUGCCGCUGGUCACGUGGUUAUUGCGUCACGCGAUGACAACAGACAGCUUGAGAAGUUGACGGUGACAGCCGUAGCGCAGUCAGAUACUGUAAAUGUCAAGGAGGUUACUCUAUUUGAUAUCGAGGUGUCUGUUUUGUCCGAUACACAACCUACUACACCAGCUCUGAAGCAAAUACGUCUUGAAGCUGCUGCACCUAACAAUCAUCAGUCUAUAAAACCAGGAGCACGUUUAGAGUUGAACUUUACAGUGACGAACUUGGCAGCCAUUGAAAACUUCACUUUUAACGUACUCUCUAAUCAAUCUUCAAUUACUGGUAGAGUUCAACCAUCUUCAGUCUCUCUCGAAACAAAACAAACCACACCCUGCCUACUAAUCCUAACUUCUCAAGGAGACGCCUCUCCCGGCACUGUCACGCAAGUCAAUGUCACGGCAACGCCUGCGUCACACAACGCGGACAUCAAGCAGUUGACUGUCUUCUCUUUGACAGUAACUACUGAUCGUAAACCUCCGGUUAAAAACGAUGAUUUGGAAAACGAAGACUUAGACAAGGAAAACAAGACAGAGAAGUGGCAACUUGGUUUGAUCAUCGGUGCGGUCACUGUUUCAAUCUUUCUUGUUACCGUUUUAGUGAUUUGCGGAGUGAAUCGUGAUUCCAAGAAGCGGGCGAUUAUACGAAUGAAAAGCAAUCACGGAGCUAUAAACCAGCCUCAGCGCGAUAACUUCGACGGUGUGAUCUUUAAUGACUACGCUUGAGACAAUUAAGAUUUGUUUUUAACGUAAAAAGGCACUCUUCCAUAUUUUAACAAAGUUCUAUUGCACUGAGAACUCGUUUUAUCACAAGGAUGUGUCGUGAUCCAGGCAAGCCCGGUAUCUAACCCUUCAUUGCCAUUUACAGAAGUGCACUGCGAUGACGCCACCGGCUAAGAUAGAGCUGAAGCCCAGUGGAAACGCCUAGAAACAUAGGUGUGAAAUAAAAGAAACAAAUGGUUGUUCUCGGCAUGUAAGCGUUUACCAUCAUCAGUUACAGGCUAAUGCUAACUUGGUAGACAAAGAAUCGUGGAAAUCUGCUCUCAUUUUACUUUUUUAUUUAGCUCUAAUCACUUUAACAGGAAAUGUUAGGGAAUGAUUGCUGGAGGAGGCUUUCCCUUGAUAGUACUUAUAAAUUCUCUUCGAACAAUGAGAAAGGGCAAAAUACAUUACACGCUUUUUCCAACUAUGAUUAAUAUCCAAGUUCUCCUCACGGUAUUAACACACUGUCAAGUACUAGGUGAUGAGAAUAAUGAAGAUCAUCAACUACAUGAUUGGAUAUUGUAUUGAUGGACCACCGAAUUCUCGGAACUAGCACCAAAGGAAUAUAAGGUAUUCAGUAUGGAGAAUUUCUGUUUCGAUCCAGGUACUGAAAGGGCCUAUGUAAUAAAGCAUUACUACGUACGAGUUCGGGAGUCUUAUCACAUCAGAGCACACAACGCUGUAUCGACAUUAUAUAAACGAUACAAUUGCGUUUUUUUCACUCUCUUUAUUGUUAUAAACGAUUUAUCUUGAUAUCAUUAUUAUCUAUAUUUGUAGAGUCAUUGUAACAUGACGCGUAAAGCUAAUAGCUAUAGUGGAAGAUAAUCCCUUCUUUAGAUGGGGAACAUUUUUUCACACGUUACAUGGGAAUCCGCCAAAUGUAAAAUGUUCGCAUACAUUUGGAUAGGUAUUUUUUUCGUUUCAAACGAAGAUGCUACUCUUCUUCCUCAAGUGUUAUUCAAUCGUGUGUAAUAAAUCAACAAUACUGUGUAGUAAAUAUGUGCGGGAUUAAAUUGUUUUUGUCACUUUU